AUGGUGAAUGAACACAAGAAAAUUGUUCUUCUGGUAGGUCUAAUGGGUAUUGGUGAUGAUGAUUUUAAAAUGGUUAAAUCCUUGUUGAGCAAAGAACUAAAACUAAAUAGAAAAAUGCAAGAUGAUUAUGACAGAAUUAAGAUUGCUGACUUGAUGGAGGACAAGUUUCCAAAAGAUGCUGGAAUGGACCAACUGAUAGACCUGUAUAAAGAGAUGCCAGGACUUGGAGACCUUGCUGAUAAACUCAAAAAAGAGAAGGCAAAAGCUAAAAGGAAACAGAUAGAAAGACGCAGAAUUCCAACAAGAGGAUGCAAGCGAGAUGAAGCCAGUACUUCCCAACCUAUGUCCACCACAAAUGAAGAUUCAGAACCAGAAUCGGGCAGAAGUACAUCCAACUCACAGGCUCCUCGAUUAUCUCUAGCAACUGCUUCUAACAGGGACCAAGCCACUCAAGUGUCUCCAGUAACAGCAUCCAUCAGUGUCCAGGUCCCUGAAGUGUCUCCAGCAAGAGCAUCCAGCAGUGCCCAGGUCCCUAGAGUGUCUAUAACAACAGCAUCCAGCAGUGCCCAGGCCCCUGGAGUGUCUCUACCAACAGCAUCCAGCAGUGCCCAGGCCCCUGGAGUGUUUCUACCAACAGCAUCCAGCAGUGCCCAGGUCUCUAGACUGUCUCUAACAACAGCAUCCAGCAGUGCCCAGGACCCUAGAGAGUCUCCAGCAAUAGCAUCCAGCAGUGCCCAGGUCUCUAGACUGUCUCUAACAACAGCAUCCAGCAGUGCCCAGGUCUCUAGACUAUCUCUAACAACAGCAUCCAGCAGUGCCCUGGUCCCUAGAGUGUCUCCAGCAAGAGCAUCCAGCAGUGCCCAGGCCCCUGGAGUGUCCCCAGCAAUACCAGUCAAGAAACCUAGACUGAAGACUGUACCUAAGCAACCAUCUAAGGAAGAAGGUCACCAUCAAGGUCCCAAAAAAGUAAUGGUGUUAAAAGCAACAGAACCAUUCACAUAUGACAUGAGAGCGGAGAAAAGGAUGUUCCAUGCCACAGUGGCCACUGAGACUGAAUUCUUUAGGGUGAAGGUGUUUAAUAUUGUCCUGAAGGAGAAGUUCAUCCCAAACAAGGUCAUUACCAUCUCAGAUUAUGUUGGUCGAAAUGGGUUCAUAAAUAUAUAUCAUGCCUCUAGUGUGUCAGAGGUAAAUGAUAACCAAUUAAUGGAUAUCCCAACUACACUGAGGCAAAGAGCCAAUGCAACACCUAAAAUCAAUUAUCUUUGCUCAAAAAGAAGAGGAAUAUUUGUGAAUGGAGUGUUUAUGGUGUCUAAGAAAAAUGAAAGGGGGGACUUCACUUACUAUGAAAUUCAAGAUAAUACAGGCAUGAUGGAAGUGGUGGUCUAUGGACGACUGACCAAUGUUGACUGUAAUCCAGGAGAUAAACUUCGACUAUUGUGCUUUGAAUUGACAUCAGAUGAGGAUAAAGUGCAGCUGAAAUCUACGAGGCACAGUAACAUGAAGGUCAUCAGGGCUGGGAGAGGAGAAACAACCACUCAGCCCUGCUUCAGUUACGGAACUUCAUGAAUUCUCAUCAUGGAGACUUGGACACCUCUGAUGUUUCUAGAGAUAAGAUCCAGUUCCAACUACAGAAAAUGAUCAUACU